AUGUCAGCGAACGACCUCCCCUUGCCCGCUGCUGGAAAUAGCGGCGUCCCCGCCAAUCCCGCUGCACCUUCACCUGGCAGGGCUACAUCACACCCGCCGCCUGUUAUUCCUAUGAAAAGAUCACUCUCUCGCGACCCAGAGCCUCGAAUUGAGUCUCCUGUCCCUGGAGGCCACCACGCGACACCUCUUGCUGGAUCCCCAGAACCAAAUCUUCUGGGGACUGGAGCCGUUGCAAACCGCCCCAUCAAGACCAAAGCGCGUGACAAACCAGCCCCUCGUGAAGGAGGCCGUGAGAAGAAGGAAUCAUGGAAGAAGAAGGAAGCUCAGGCUGCUGCAAGGGGUGGCACCCCUACAUCGGCCCCUACAGGUGGACCCUCGGCGAAAGGUACUUCGAGCAAAGCAGCAGCAGCAGUUGUAGUUAAGGAUGCACCUCCUGGACUACAAGUCUACCCGCUUUCUCCACCAAAAGAAGUUGAUUACUUGGCCGCGAAACCGCCGAUUUUUGUCCCCGUAACGUAUCCCAAGAAUUCAGAUGUCUCUUUCUUUGAAACUACGGAACACCCUUCAAAUCGCAAAGGAUUUCGCUACUUGCCUUGCAAAGCUUCCCAUCUUAUCCCGACGCUCAAAUACCAUACCACUGAAGUCCCCCCAUAUGCUGCACGAAUAUCCUACGAAGACAAAUCCAACCAUAUCCACCUCGAUGAAACUGGUUUUGCGCUCACAACAGAGAAGGGAUUCCGCUCUGCUCGUGCUAAUGUUGGACUACGUGAGGGGGACUGGUACUACGAAUGUAAAGUUCUCAACGGUAUUAACCCGAACGACCUGACAGAGGAGAAUGGCCACGUCCGUAUCGGCUUCGCACGGAGAGAGACUAGCUUGGACGUCCCUGUUGGAUACGAUGCAUAUAGCUACGGGGUCAGGGAUAAGGACGGUCAAAUAGUCCACAUGUCGAGGCCCAAAGAUUUCAUGAAGGAAAGUGUGGUUAAUGGGGAUGUCAUCGGUCUUCACAUAUCCCUCCCACCGUUAUCCGUUCAACGUGGGAUUCUUGCACCGUACUCCGAAAAUUCUAAAUACCCGCCAGAUGUUAUCCGGGAUAGAGUCCCGAUUAAAUAUAAAGCGCAGCUGUAUUUUGAAUCUUUUGAGUACAUGCCGGUAAAGGAUAUGGAGGAUGCUAUGAAUCCUGCCGCCCCAACCGUUAUUGGUGCACCAUCCCUUAGCACGGCAAAGGGCACCAAAGCUUGCUUCAAGUCAUUGCCUGGUAGCAAGGUUAUAAUUUACAAGAACGGGAGACGGAUUGGUACUGCCUUUGAGGACCUUUUUGCCUUCCUACCGCCAGCGAGCCAACCUCUCUCGAGUGGUGGUGGUAGACCUCUGGAUGAUGGGCACUGUGGGUACUAUCCAACCGUCAGCGUCUUUAGAGGAGGCCGGGCGCAAGUAAAUUUUGGGCCCACAUGGGAAUACCCUCCAGAGGAUCUUAGCUUUGGCAAUGACGAUAUUCCGAUUUUGAUUACUAAUGAUGAUGAAAUGCGGGACGACGAUGUGGUUGUAGAGAAAUACAAAGCAAGAGCUAUUUGUGAGCGGUAUAAUGAGCAAAUCGCUGAAGAUUGUGUGUACGACCUUGUGGACGAGGUAGAUCUGUGGCUUGCAGAGAAAAAGGCAGGAGAAGCGGGUCCUAGCGGCGCAGAGAAUGGUGCUGAGCGCCCCGUCGCGUGGGCGGGUAUCAGGUUUGCCGUCGCAGAAGAAUGCAAGGCCUGCCCAGAGGGCAAAAUCACAAAUAUUACCAACUCUCCAGUCUGGUGUAAGGAUGUCGUCUACGCAACCCUAGAUGCCACUGGCCUCACGGGCCCUGGAGAUUCCAAUGGCGGGAACACAAGUCCAGUUUGA